GUUAAGUCGUCAAGCGAUGUAGUCGUUAUAAAUAGUCGUUUUAUCAAUUGACUUCAUGCUCUGACAUAUAACACGUACUAUGUGGCUUUUACAAAUUACAGUAAAUGUUUAUAAUCGGAGUAAUAAUUGAAUAUUUAUUUCCGAAGUUGACCAAUAACAGACAAUGAAGUAAAAUGACAACUACUGUCGUUCAAUUUGAAAAGGAAGUAAUUUAUUUGUUCGAACGGUCUAUUGUUACAGAUAUUGAUAAAACUUCAAUAGAUAAACAAACUUUUAUAACGCCUCCCAUAACACGUGUGUCGUGGGUUUGUCCAUAAUGACUAUAAAAUACCCGCUCGGAUAUCGGAAAGAGACGACAAUUCCGGGAAAAUUACCAAAGACAUAUCCAAAGUGUUAAUUGCUUGGAGAAACAUUGUAUAUAGUGACAUAUCUUGUAGUUCCGUCCUAAGAUGACGAGAAAGACCUUACUACCAGGAAUAUUAUGCUUGAUGCUAAUUAGUAUUCAUGGGAAAUCUUUAAAGAAUGAAGGAAACUCUGACAAAUUAAGACAAAAACGCUCAAGUAGACUAUUGGAAGAAUUAAAGAAAUGGACAUUAACAACAACACCAAUUACACCAUUGGACCGGAUUUCAGGUGUUAAUAAUCACCGUACGCAUGUCCGAGAAACGGAAGAAGAAAUUAAUUGGACUAAGAUAAAGGAACAACUCCAAAGGUUACUUGAUUCUGAGAAUGGAUCAUGGGAUGCUAAACUUCUAGAUGAAUUGUCACCAGGUGAUCAAAUAGUUCUGGAAGAUACAGUGAAUCCAAAUAGUGCUGAGGAGCUCCGAUUGUUUUUAGAAUCAAAUAUAGAGCAAAACAAUGAGGAAAAACGUGGACUAGAUACGUUAGGUGGAAUGAGUUACCUGAAACGGGGUUUAGAUACACUGGGGAAUAUGGGAUUUCAUAGCUACAAAAAGAAAGGGUUAGAUACACUUGGAAAUAUGGGAUUUCAUGAUUUUAAAAAGAGAGGGUUAGAUACACUUGGUAAUAUGGGAUUUCAUGAUUUUAAAAAGAGAGGGUUAGAUACUCUUGGUAAUAUGGGAUUUCAUGAUUUUAAGAAAAGAAGUUUAGAUACUCUUGGAGGAAUGAAUUUCCAUGGAUUGAAAAAGAGGGGCAUUGACACAUUAGGUGGAAUGGGAUAUCAUAAUUAUAAGAAGCGAGGACUAGACACACUUGGAAAUAUGGGUUUCCAUGACUUCAAAAAGAGGGGGUUAGAUACAUUAGGUAAUAUGGGAUUCCAUGGUUAUAAAAGAGGACUUGAUACGCUAGGUAAUAUGGGAUUCCAUGGUUACAAGAGAGGUCUUGAUACUUUAGGUAAUAUGGGAUUUCAUGGUUAUAAAAGAGGACUUGAUACGCUAGGUAAUAUGGGAUUCCAUGGUUACAAGAGAGGACUUGACACGCUAGGUAAUAUGGGGUUCCAUGGUUACAAGAGAGGACUUGACACACUUGGAAAUAUGGGAUUCCAUGGUUACAAAAGAGGACUGGAUACGCUUGGCAAUAUGGGGUUCCACAAUUACAAGAGAGGAUUGGAUACACUUGGUAAUAUGGGGUUUCACGAUUAUAAAAGAGGACUUGAUACUCUUGGUAACAUGGGAUUUCAUGAUUUUAAGAAACGAGGAAUAGACUCUUUAGGUGGUAUGUCUCUUUAUGGGUAUAAGAAACGAGACCAAGGAAAUGAUCUCGAUGACGAUUUGGCUUUUACAGAUACAGAGGACAGCAUGGAUAAUGACAGAAUCAAACGUGAAACAGAUAACGAUAUUAGCAAAUCUGUAGAAGAAAAUGCAAAGUCCAGUUGACGGAUAAAACCAUUCCAGCAUUUGUUAACAGUAUUUCAGAGAAAUAUCAACAACUGCUGCCUUCAGGAAAUAAAGUUUGGUGCAAGUUCAUACUAACUGUGAUAUCGUUGUUCAAACCAUAUGGUUUUGCUUGGACCGGCCAUGGCGAGAGGGCGUGGCAUUGCUGGUCUGAAUAAAAUAUUCAGACUGACUGAAAUUGUUCACUUAUACAUUCCUUUGACUUGAGAUAGUAUGGUUUACGAAAGAAAUAGAAAACAUAUAUAAAAAACAUCAACCGUUAAAAGAUUUUACAGAAAAAUAAAGAAAUAAAUUUUCAUAAAAGUCAAAAAUUAGUUUUCAGGUGCAUAUUGGUUUUCUUAGAAAAAUAGUAUUUUGCACUAACAAAAGUGUUCCUCGUUAACGUAAGACGACAUACUUUGGUCCAUUUCAGAAUAGACUACCUUACCUCACCUUUACAACACACAUACAAACACACACACACACAAAGUCUAUUGAUUAAUAUCCCUUUUCUGUUUAUCAUGGAUGGAAGUUAAAAUGUAUACAAUAAUAUAUGAAUAUAAAUAAACUGUUUAAGUAAGUGAUUAAAGUGUCGGCUAUUAAAUUAUCAAAUGUU